CAUGUUCAUACGAGCCAACUUCAUUCUAGUUGAUUCUAGUUUGUGAGUUCAUUGAUGUUUUUCGUAUUUUAAUUGUAGUGAUUCAUUAGACUUUAUAAUAAUUAAUCAUAUACGCGCUGGUACGCAAGAUGCCGCACAAUUUGUAAUCGGCGCAGUAACUACAACUUGGCAUGUGCCAGCCAACAAUCUUUUGCUGACAUUACUUGAAAGGACACAGACCAAUGCCCAAAAACAAGCAGUUGGUCCCGCAUGCCGUGCACUGUUACCAACGUUCUGCCUAACCUAUCCAGCACCAUAUUUUCAUUAAUUUGCCAAGUACAUUUCACCCUGCAAUAAAGUAUACGAGUUAUGGCUGCAUACAUCAAUCGUACAAUUUCAAUGAUUGGCGGUGACAGUCAGCUUCGUGCAAAUGAUGCUAGAACGGACAAUUCUCCUCUGCAGAUAUUCGUCAAAGCAAAGAAGAAGAUCAACGACAUAUUCGUGGAAAUAGACGACUAUGUUCAAGAUACUGUUCUGUUUAUGGAUUCUUUGCGUGACGAUCGCGAUAUCGUCAAUGCCGAGGAAGCCAAAAAGAUCGAAGCUUACAUCCAUAAAGUGCAUGCAAUUCGUGAUGUCCUUAAACGAGAUCACAUGAAAGUUGCUUUCUUCGGAAGGACAAGUAAUGGAAAAAGUACUGUAAUUAAUGCAAUGUUACGUGAUAAAAUUUUACCAAGCGGAAUUGGACACACAACCAAUUGCUUCCUUCAAGUCGAAGGCUCGGAUAAUGGAGAGUCAUAUCUUAUGACUGAAAUGUCGAAGGAUAAACAACCCGUACAAUCUGUUGGUCAACUCGGACAUGCAUUGUGCAAGGAAAAAUUGUGCGAGAGUAAUCUGGUACGAAUUUUCUGGCCAAAGGAGAAGUGUUUACUCUUGAGAGAUGAUGUAGUAUUUGUUGAUAGUCCUGGAGUGGACGUCACUGCGAAUCUCGAUGAAUGUAUAGAUAAGCAUUGUCUGGAUGCAGACGUUUUUGUUUUGGUAGCCAAUGCAGAGUCCACCUUAAUGGUUACGGAAAAAAAUUUCUUCCAUAAAGUAUCAACAAAACUGUCUAAACCAAAUAUAUUUAUUCUGAACAAUCGUUGGGAUGCUUCUGCAUCGGAGCCGGAAUUUUUCGAUCAGCUGGUCAAUGAACAGAGAGAGGUCAGAGCUCAACAUCAGGAACGUGCUGUCGAUUUUCUGGCAAGGGAACUGAAGGUCUAUUCGCCUAAGGAUGCUGAGGAGAGGGUCUUCUUCAUAUCUGCAAAGGAAACGCUUAACGCGCGUUUACAGGAACAGCGUGGUCAACCAGCACACAAUGGUGCUUUGGCAGAAGGUUUUCAAAAUCGAUACUUCGAGUUCCAAGAUUUCGAACGAAAAUUUGAGGAGUGUAUCUCGAAGUCUGCUGUUAAGACAAAAUUCGAGCAACACUCUCAACGUGGAAAACAUAUUGCCACGGAAAUACGUCAAACCUUAGAUGAAAUUUUGGAAAGAGCACAGAAGAUGCGUGCUGAUCAACUCAAUAUCAAAAAAGAAGUUCACGACAGACUGAACUACACGGAACAGCAGCUCAUGCUGUUGACACGUGAGAUGAAGGAUAAGAUUCAUCAUAUGGUUGAAGAUGUUGAGCAACGCGUUUCUAAAGCUCUCAGUGAAGAAAUAAGACGAUUAGCUGUUCUUGUUGAUGAGUUCAGUGUUCCUUUCCAUCCAGAGCCAUUGGUACUAAACGUUUACAAGAGAGAACUUCAUUCUCACGUAGAACAUGGUUUAGGUUCAAAUUUAAGAGCGCGACUCAGCACUGCUUUGGCCUUGAACAUGGAGACUUCACAGCGUGAAAUGACAGAGCGAAUGUCUAGUUUAUUACCGGAUACGAAAAAAGCGAUGUCAGUGAAUAUAUUACCCCGGAAGGAACCCUUUGAGAUUUUAUACAGACUCAAUUGCGACAAUCUCUGUGCGGAUUUCCACGAGGAUCUGGAAUUUCGAUUCUCGUGGGGCAUCACGGCGUUGAUCAGCCGAUUUGCUGGAAAACAGAGUCAGAAAUUAGCCGUAGCUAACUAUCCCCAAGAUAUUCCACCUUCUAUCACAUCUCCUGUCGAUAGUAUCGAUUCGAUUAAAUAUGUCACGAGCGCUGCCGGUUUGCCAUCAAGAUCAGAUGAUUGGUCCAAUGUCGCAACAAGAAUUGCCAUAGCUUCCAUUACCUCCCAGGGAACGAUGGGUGGUCUCAUAGUCGCAGGAUUUAUGUUGAAAACAAUCGGCUGGAGGCUUAUAGCAGUAACUGGUGCAAUUUAUGGCGCUCUAUUCCUUUAUGAACGUCUUACCUGGACGAAUAAAGCAAAAGAACGUGAAUUUAAGAAACAGUAUGUCGAUCACGCCACGAAGAAGUUACGACUCAUCGUUGAUCUGACAUCUGCCAAUUGCAGUCAUCAAGUACAGCAAGAAUUAUCGAGUACCUUUGCUCGUCUCUGUCACUUGGUCGAUGAAGCUACCUCCGAAAUGGACGAUGAAUUAAAGAAAAUUGCCAGCACGCUGCGCACUCUGGAAGAAGCUGCAACCAGUGCGAAGGUUUUACGAAACAAAGCGAAUUAUUUGGCAAACGAACUCGACCUCUUCGAUGCAGCAUAUUUGAAAUCGCUCAAUUGAGUUUCUGUCAAGAGUUCAUUAGUGUCUUGCAGAAUUUUUUUGAGUCUUGUGUCAAUGUUAUUGCACGGAGGUUCCUCAAAUAACGAUCGAUUAUGUAGUCAAGAGAGAUUAAGGAUGUGUCUUUGCAUCGUAUGAUAGUAUCGAUUAUGAUCAUGUUUUAUAUAGUCGUAUAUGCACAGAUUUAUUUGAAUGAAAAACCCCCGAGGCAUAAACGGAAUGUUUAACUACUUAAGCAUCUAGUCCCGAUUCGAUGAAUAUGUGAAGUUCGACUCUUCUUGUUAGCACAACUAGAGUGUAAAAUUUUAACUUGUUUUAUUUCAAUUUUCUUCAUUUUGCGUCUGAACGUUAAAGACGAACUCCCAUUAAACACAAAUUGAGAAUUAAGAUAAAAUUUUCUCGAGGAAUUAGCUUCUGCGAUAAAUUGUCCGUAGUAGGCAUGAUAUUAACUGAUUAGACGUAAUGAUUGCAAUUUCUAUGAAACAAGCUUAUGACGUGGUUGAAAUAUCGUUUACACUAUUUAGAUGAAUUUCUUUUUUUUUCUUUAUUUUUUUGAAGAAAUGAUAUAUUGUGUCUUGUUUGGCUUGGGAUGACAAUACGCGGAUAUUUUGUAUCAGUGCGUUGUUAUAAUUAACUGUUGAAUUCUUUGAUGAUGGUCAUUAAAUUUCUACAUCUAUUGCAGAGACAUUUGUUUUAUGUAAGUAAUGAAAUGCUGCGAUCAAUAGACUUUGUUAAACGAGAAAAUGUAUAUUAGAAUUAUAUUAAUAAAGAGUUGAUUGUUGUACAUGUAAA